GAAUGGCAGUGGGAAGGGGAAUAAGUCCAGCAGUUCUUCUCUCUCUCCAAGGCCUGGACCAUGGCAGAUGGACUUGGAAGGAGGGCUGCUCUUCUUACUUUCAGCCAGGUAGUUGGCUGAAAAGGGAGGAAAAGAAGAACAAAAUGCCACAAAAGAGAAACUCUAGCAAGAUGUCCGGGUGCUUCUGGGGCACAGCAGGUGCAAAGUUACUGAGAAUUCACAAAACCAACAUCCUGAGUCCCGAGGGGCCCCUCUUCCCUGAUCCCAGGAGGGCCAUGGCCACCCCCCGCGGGGCCACCGAGGUCCAGAUGAGCCAGAUGGUCCAGCCUUGCCACACCAACCACCGGGGCGAGCUCAGCAUCGGGCAGCUCCUCAAGUGGGUCGACACCGCUGCCUGCCUCUCUGCUGAGAGACAUGCUGGCUGCCCCUGCGUCACAGCUUCAGUGGAUGAUAUCUAUUUUGAGCACACAAUUAGUGUUGGGCAGGUUGUCAACCUCAAAGCAAAAGUGAACCGGGCAUUUAACUCUAGCAUGGAGGUUGGUGUACAGGUCAGCUGUGAAGAUCUGUGUAAUGGGGAGCAAUGGAAUGUUUGCAAGGCAUAUGCAACAUUUGUUGCACAAGGCAAACCAGCUGCUAAGAUAAAGUUGAAGCCCUUAGUUCCUCAAACAGAAGAAGAGAAGAUGGAAUACAGCAUUGCUGCUGAACGCCGUCGUAUGCGACUGGCCCAUGCAGAAACAAUCAAAGGCCUUGUCUCUAACAGUCCUGUGGAGUCAGAGCUUGAGAGCAGAGACUGCAACAUGGUAGUACCUGCAGAAAAGACCCGAGUGGAGAGUGUGGAACUCAUUCUGCCCCCGCAUGGCAACCAUCAAGGGAACACCUUUGGAGGGCAGAUCAUGGCCUGGAUGGAGAACGUGGCCACAAUAGCAGCGAGCCGACUGUGCCAUUCACAUCCUACCCUGAAGACAAUUGAAAUGUUCCAUUUUCGAGGUCCAUCUCAAGUUGGGGACCGCCUCCUGUUCAAGGCCAUUGUCAACAAUGCAUUCAAGUACAGCAUGGAGGUUGGGGUGUGCGUAGAGGCCUAUCGACAUGAAAUGGAAGUCAGCCGAAGACACAUUAACAGUGCCUUUAUGACUUUUGUAGUUUUGAAUGAAAAGGGACAGCCACGAACACUCCCGUUGCUGAAACCAGAACCAGGGGAUGGAGAAAGACGGUUUAAAGAAGCUAGCGCUAGACAAAAAAUUAGACUUGACAGAAAGUAUGUCAUUUCCUGUAAGCAUACAGAGGUACCUUUGUCUGUACCUUGGGAUGAAAGUAACAAGGUUUAUCUCAGUUACAACAAUGUUACUGCACUGAAGACAUUAGUAGCUAAUGCCAACUGGGUGCUUGCGUCUGAAAGAGACAAGUUCAAGAUGUACAUACUGGAGGAGGACAUGUUCCUCUCAAUCCGCAUGGAGAUGACCAUCUGUUUUGAUGCAAUGCAGGCCUGCUUCCUCCUGUCAGAUCUGCGACGCAGGCAUGAGUGGGAUAAGCAUUUUGCGAGUGCUGAACUUGUCCAGCAAGUAGACAAAGAUGACAUGAUCUAUCAUGUAAUUAGUCAAACUAUGAGUGAAGAAAAGAAGCCUCAAGACUUUGUCAUUCUGGUGUCACGAAGAAACCCAUGCGGCAAAGGUGAUCCAUAUGUUGUUGCAUUCAGAUCAGUCACAUUGCCAACACAUCUGGCAAAGCCAGAGUACACUCGAGGGGAAACCCUUUGUUCUGGCUUCUGUAUUUGGCAGGAAACAGAUGAACUCAGCAAAGUGUCUUAUUAUCACCAGGCAACUUCAGGUGUGUUGAACUACAUCACAACCAAUAUUGCUGGCCUGUCUUCAAGUUUUCAUUCUACUUUUCAGUCAUGUGAGCAGUUUCUCCUGAAGAAUAAAGACAAUGUCUGCACUGGGCUUUAGAAUCUUUAGUUGUACAAAGUUUGUUUGCUUGUUUUUUUGCACAAUGUUUUGUAUAAUGACAAAUUAGAAUCUCAUUAUUAGCACAUUGAAGUGACUUCUAUAUCAAUGCGGGGAAGAAAGAAACAGACAUGUUGAAAUGCAUAUAUUGUGUGGCAUAAGCAUAAAGAUGUAACUCAUUUUUAUCCAUUUAUGAUCAGAAUGACAAUUUUUAUCAAGGACAAUAUAAUGAUCAAAGCUUUCCUGAUUGUGGUGUGGGUAUGUUUUAAGGAAACAACAUGUGAAGAUUUUUCCUGGAUCUUGGAAAUACUUAAUCACUUAUGUGUUGGCUUCUAUUGAAGUCUUUAUUUAUUACAGUGACAGGAAAAUCUGAUGUAAGGAAAAACUUGAAAAUUUACACUUUUCCAGUCACCUGUCACUUUUUUUGCCUUGUCCAGUACACUAAUUACUAGAGUAGAGAAUAAACUUUUGUAUUAAAAAUGUUGUUUAAAAAUGAUACAGCGAUGGCUUUUUUGCAUAGGAGUAAUAGAUGUUUUUAAAGUGACUUUUUACCAAGGGAAUUAAGAUUCACAAAAAAAUUCACAGAACCACAUUGGGGUUACUGGAAGAUACUUUGGGCACUGAGUAACUGCCUUAUUUCAAAGCACACUACACAAGUGCAAUAAGGUAUUCAAUCAUGUCACAUUUAAGAAGAAAUUUUAAACAUUAUUUGUAAAUGUGCCUUUUUUAGUCUUAAAUGCUGGAGUAUGUCUGUUCUUUUUUGAGCAUGAAAUAUAUCAGAUUAUUUUGUCAUAGAGGAACUUUUCUUCCCAUUUCAAAGAUCAUUCAGCCUUGGCCGUAUGGUAUUCUUCAAUAAAAUAUAUUUUCUUCUUUGGUCAUGAGACAGUAAUGACAGUAAUGUGGUCCUGUUUUGUUCAAUGAGUCUUUUCUCUCCUGCUUUU